AUUCGAAGGUACGAUAAAAUGUGACAUUGUCAGUACGUUAAUUAUAAUUUAAAAAGUUCGUUUUUGAAAUUUGAAGAAAGCUUCCAAAUUUUCUUGUGUGAUUAAUAACAUGGCUGACGAAGAGACCGUAGGAGAAGGUGAGGCGCCUGAAGCAGCACCCUUAAAUGCACCAUCCGCAAAUCAACCGACAGAUACUGAAGAAGGGUCUGCUCCUCCUAGGCUUACUACAGAUCCUCUAAAUACCGAAUUCAACUACUACAGUGCAGUUCUGAAAAUGUUCGGUCCUACGUUAACCAAAGAAGGGGACCGAAGAUAUAUUAUUCCUUGGAUCAGGAAAUUAUUUAGGCCCGAAUACCACAGCUCCAUGUUAAGAGAAAAGCGGAAUAGGUAUUUAGUUUAUCUCUCUACCUCCUUGCUUUUGGAUGAGGCAGUUGAUAUUUUUCGGGAGUACCCUCCCGAUGGCGCCCUUCCAGACCUUCAGUCAGUGCACCCAUUAAACGUUCCAGCUGCUCAGUGGGAAACUGACAACAUGUGGCAAGACACGCUUCAGAAUUUGCCAGACGAUUUUCAGCUGUUGGAUUGCUUCGUUCAUGAGGAUCCUGAUACUUGUAGAAAAGAUCACCAAUUUGAUAAAAUAUUGGAUCAAGAAUUCCAGUUCUAUUUGUACUUGGCAAAACCAUAUGCCGCAAUGAUUUCCGGAGGCGCUGAAAGAACCAGAGUGGCCGCUUGGUUGCAAAUGCUUUGCUCUGUGCAUGGUACCGAAUGUUGUUCUCGCAUGAAAGCAAUUAGAAAUGACUAUAUGAUGGCAUUAUUAGGGUAUUUGCAAGAUCUGAGAGCAGUAGGACCAUUUGCGGAAUAUCCGUCUUGGCAGACUUUGAAGCCACUUGCUGAAGCCGCCAAAUUAGCGGCCGAAAAUAGUCCAAUAACUGACCCAACAGGAUGUUAUGCAAAUGAAUUUCUGGCCGAACAGCCCAUGCCAGAUGAUGGAGCCUUCUGUUAUAUCGCCAUUAGUGGGGAUUUGGUGACUAGCAAUCUCAGCCAAAUUUGAAUUUAUUUCAAAUGCGACAUGGUUAAUUUUCGUGAAUUAAAUUUUUAAAGAUGA